UGUAGGUAUUUUACCAAGAACUUUAAUUAUUUUACAAAAUGUGGAUUGAACGGACCUAGACCAUUGCCAAUAGUUGGUAAUCUAUGGGAGCGUUUGUUGACACCACUGCCCGAUUUGGAACUCAAAUGGCAACGAAAAUACGGCAAAAUCUAUGGAAUAUUUGAAGGCAACAAACCUUUACUACAAGUGGCGGAACCUGAACUGAUAAAACAAAUUCUAGUUAAAGAUUCCCAUAUAUUUACGGACAGAAAAACAGUGUCCCGAAGCAAACAACACCCGAUUGUGGGCAAAAUGUUAGGUGAACUUCAGGGCGAGGACUGGAAGAGAGUCCGAUCCAUAACCACUCCUGUAUUCACUUCCGGCAAAAUGCGGAGAAUGUAUCCAUUGGUCAGACAGUCUGUGGAGGGGUUUAUGAAUACAUUGAGUGAAUACGCAAAAGACAAACAUGAGGUCAACGUUAAGGAUAUGUACGGCUGUCUAACUAUGGAUGUGAUCGCAAACUGCGCUUUCGCUACAAAAAUCAAUGCUUUCAAAGACCCAAACAAUGCAUUUGUAGUGAACGGAAGGGAUGUGUUUAAAGUUCCGGUUUUAAAAUUAAUGUCAAUGCUUUUGUUGCCUCAGUUUGUGUUAAAUAUAUUGAAAUUCAAAACAUUAAUGAAUGAAAAGUCAGUCGACUUCUUCUCUUCAAUGUUACGACAAAUAUUGAGAGUUAGGGAGAAAUCAGAGACAAAAUUCCAUGAUUUGAUUGAUCUCCUGAUGAGAGCAAAGGAAGGAAAGGAUAGCAUUAAUGAUGAGAGCGAUAGACAUGAAUCUCAUCACAUCAAUCAGGGCAAAGAAGAAUUACAAAUUGAGAAAAAAGUAUUAAGUAUAAAGCGAUCAAAUAAAUUUUUAACAGAGGAUGAAAUGAUAGGACAGGGAUUUAUUGUGUUUAUCGCUGGAUAUGAAACCACAGCCACUACUCUGUCCUUCUGUUCCUAUGAAUUGGCACUCAAUCCAGACGUUCAGCAAAAACUAUACGAAGAAGUGAUGUCUUCGAUGGACACAAACGGAGAGAUUGAUUACGAAGUGUUGAUAAAACUCCCGUUUUUAGAUGCAGUCAUCGCUGAGACUCUUAGACUCCAUUCACCUUUUGUUAAAAUAGGAAAAAUUGCUGCACAAGACUACCGGUUGGGAAACACUGGGAUUACUGUUUUUAAGGGACAAGUCGUAGAAAUACCUGUUCAUGCUAUUCAUCACUCGGAGAACUACUAUCCAAACCCCGAAAUGUUUAUUCCCGACCGCUUUUUACCCGAAAAUCGUCACAAAAUAAUUCCCUACACUUAUCUGCCCUUCAGUUCCGGUCCUCGAAAUUGCAUUGGAAUGAGGUUUGCAUUAAUGGAAGCGAAGUUAGGUUUGGCUCAUAUUAUACGGAGGUUUCAGUUUACCCGAAGUCCGCAAACAGAAGUUCCCUUAAUAUUGCGUAAAAUUUCUUUCAUAAAUACUGUUAAAGCUGUGAGGGAUGAAUCGCCCUGCCCGACCCUGCCUUACUUUGCACGACUGUGUCUAGGCGGUAGUUGGGUCGACCUAAAUGCCGAUCAGGCUAUGGUCGGGCAGGGUCGGGCAUUAGCCCUCGCCCAGAUGAAAUGUCAAAACCAUAAGGGCAAACUGUAUUUGACCAGGAACUUUAAUUAUUUUACAAAACUUGGAUUGAAGGGACCUAGACCAUUGCCAAUAUUUGGUAAUCUAUGGGAGCGUUUCUUUACAUCACAACCAGAAAUGGAAACAAAAUGGCAGCAAAAAUAUGGAAACAUUUAUGGAAUAUUUAGUGGAAACACACCCCUAUUACAAGUGGCGGAACCGAAACUCAUUAAACAAAUUCUUGUUAAAGAUUUUCAUAUAUUUGUGGACCGAAAUUCAGUUUCCAAAAGCAAAAAACAUCCGAUUGUGGGGAAAAUGUUGACUGAACUUCAAGGGGAAGACUGGAAGAGAGUCCGAUCCAUAACAACUCCUGUAUUCACUUCCGGCAAAAUGCGGAGAAUGUAUCCAUUGGUGAGACAGUCUGUGGAGGGGUUUAUGAAUACAUUGAGUGAAUACGUGAAAGACAAACAUGAGAUCGAUGUUAAGGAUAUGUACGGCUGUCUAACUAUGGAUGUGAUCGCAAAUUGCGCUUUCGCUACAAAAACUAAUGCUUUCAAAGACCCAAACAAUCCAUUUGUAGUUCAUGAAAGAAAUGCGCUUAAAUUUUCGUUUUUGAAAUUUAUUUCUAUGCUUUUAUUGCCUCAAACUUUAAUGAAUGAAAAGUCAGUCGAUUUUUUCUCUACAAUUAAAAGCAAAAAACAUCCGAUUGUGGGGAAAAUGUUGACUGAACUUCAAGGGGAAGACUGGAAGAGAGUCCGAUCCAUAACAACUCCUGUAUUCACUUCCGGCAAAAUGCGGAGAAUGUAUCCAUUGGUCAGACAGUCUGUGGAGGGGUUUAUGAAUACAUUGAGUGAAUACGUGAAAGACAAACAUGAGAUCGAUGUUAAGGAUAUGUACGGCUGUCUAACUAUGGAUGUGAUCGCAAACUGCGCUUUUGCUACAAAAACCAAUGCUUUCAAAGACCCAAACAAUGUAUUUGUAGUGAACGCAAGAAAUGUGUUUAAAUUUCCGGUUUUGAAAUUAAUGUCAAUGCUUUUGUUGCCUCAGUUUGUGUUAAACAGAUUGAAAUUCAAAACUUUAAUGAAUGAAAAGUCAGUCGAUUUUUUCUCUGCAAUUUUACGACAAAUAUUGAGGGUUAGGGAGAAAUUAGAGACAAAAUCAAUUGAUUUGAUUGAUCUCAUGAUGAGAGCAAAGGAAGGAAAGGAUAAUAUUAACGAUGAGAGCGAUAGACAUGAAUCUCAUCACAUCAAUCAGGGGGAAGAAGAAUUAGAAAUUGAGAAAAAAAUACUGAAUAUAAAGACAUCAAAUAAAUUCAUAACAGAGGAUGAGAUAAUAGCGCAGGGAUUUCUUGUAUUUGUAGCCGGAUAUGAGACCACAGCCACUACUCUGUCCUUCUGUUCCUAUGAAUUGGCACUCAAUCCAGACGUUCAGCAAAAACUGUACGAAGAAGUGAUGUCUUCGAUGGACAUAAACGGAGAGAUUGAUUACGAAGUGUUGACAAAACUCCCGUUUUUGGAUGCAGUCAUCGCUGAAACUCUUAGACUCCAUUCACCUGUUGUUAAACUGGGAAAAAUUGCUGCACAAGACUACAAGUUAGGAAACACUGGGAUUACUAUAUAUAAGGGACAAGUCGUAGAAAUACCUGUUCAUGCAAUCCAUCACUCGGAAGAUUUCUAUCCAAAUCCCGAAAAGUUUAUUCCCGACCGCUUUCUACCCGAAAACCGUCACAAAAUAAUUCCCUACACUUAUCUGCCCUUCGGUUCCGGUCCUCGAAAUUGCAUUGGAAUGAGGUUUGCAUUAAUGGAAGCGAAGUUAGGUUUGGCUCAUAUUAUACGGAGAUUUAAGUUUACCCGAAGUCCGCAAACAGAAGUUCCCUUACUUUUGCUUAAAAAUUCUACUCUACUGAGUGCUAAAUCUAUGAUCGUUGGCAUUAAAAUUAGGGAU